ACGAACCGGCUUAUUGUGGCUUGUCAACAUUAGUUAUGGUUUUGAAUGCAUUAUCAGUUGAUCCGGGCAAGGUGUGGAAGGCUCCUUGGCGAUGGUACCAUGAAAGUAUGCUAGACUGUUGUGUGCCACUUGAAGUCGCCAAAAAGGAAGGCAUAACGCUAUUCCAUUUUUCGUGUCUUGCCAUGUGUAAUGGAUUGGACGUCGACAUGGUGCAGGCAUUGCCGACGGCAACAGUUGUCGAGUUUCGAGAUGUGGUGAAGCGUGUUACCCAGUGUGAAAGCCAAGUGCUGGUGUGUUCGUACUCGCGGGAAGUGCUUGGCCAGAUGGGAGACGGUCAUUUUUCACCAAUAGGUGGUUACCAUAGCGGGCGGGACUUGGUGCUGAUAUCCCACUAUUAA